UUUAUGAAUUUCAAAAAUUUAUUAAAAAAAUGAAUGAAAAUUUAGAUAAAAUUAAUUUAUUUAGUGAAUUAGUGGAGAGAAUGAAUAAAAGUAAGUUGGAGUUAUUAAGUAAAGGUUUAGGGGGAAAUUUACAAAGGUUGGAAAUAAUUUUGGAAUACAACAACUAAUCACAAUGUUUGUAGGGUCUGGGUGGAGUGGCGGGGAGGUAAAACCUAUCCUUGAUUAUCAAAGUUCAAUUUAAUAAAUGCUUUAGAGAAAUAUUCAUUUAUCCGAAAUUAAAUAGCUUAGACAAAUAGUAAAUGAAAACUCUUAAAAUUUGUAGUUUAAUUUUUAUAUUUUCAGAAAAUAAAGAAAAGUUUCUAGUUGAGGACAGAAAUAUUUUGAGGGAAUUAGCAAAUAAAGAAAAUAAAAUUUAUUUAAAACAAUUGACAGAAAAAUUUAAAUAUUUAAUAGAAAAUAUGCAUGUCUUUAUAGAAAUAAAAGGAAAUGAUGAUGAGAAGGUUGAGCAAUUUAAAAAUAUUAGUUACCUUUUUGUUGGUUAUUGUUUGGUUAAACAAUUUAUUAUUUUCUUUAAUGAUGAAGGAAAGCCCAAAAUAAGAAUUUUUAAAGGAAAUCAGUCAUUUAUGUUUGAACAUGCAGCUCUAAUUGGAAAUGUUUUGGGCAAAAGAAGUGUGGAUAUUGAGUAG